AAUCCUAAGAGGAAAACUUUUACAAAUUAACUUCAAGUAAAUAUAAGAGAAUAUUGAUCAACUAAAUAAUUCGUAAAAAGUUUAAACAAGUACAAAUGUUUAAAUAUACCAUCAAAACCAAAUAUUUCAAAUGAAACCGAAACAAAGGAGAAAAGCUGCAAGCAAAUAAAGCCAAUAUAGAGGAGUCACGCUAAGGGAAAGAAUAAACAGAAAAAUACAAAAAACUUAAGAAAAAAAGGACAUGGAAAAUAACACAAAGGUAAAAUUGGAUCAGCCCCCGCCUCUAUUGUCUGCACCCUCCGCCUUGGCGACUAAUGUUAGUAUACCACCGCCAAUGUCGGGUAGUUCACAUGGUAGUUAUUAUAGACCACAUUACCACCACGGUCAUCAUGGCUCAAAUAAAUCAUAUUUUAAACCUUUCAAUCCGGGAGGGUUCCAAAGACCCUAUCAAAUGAGCCAAGAUGAUUUCGACGGCAAACGUUUACGUAAAAGUGUAAUGCGUAAAACAGUUGACUAUAAUGCUUCAAUUGUUAAAGCAAUAGAGGCUCGUUUAUGGCAACGCGAUCAUAGAGAUCGUUUUGCUUUACAACCAGAGAGCAUAUAUGUACCGGAAUUAUUGCCGCCGUCUUCGUAUUUGGACAACCCUUCAAAUGCGGUAACUACUAGAUUCGUCAAAACUGCCACCAACAAAAUGCGUUGCCCCAUAUUCACGUUAGCUUGGACCCCUGAAGGUAGGCGGUUAGUAACGGGUGCCAGUUCAGGCGAGUUUACUUUAUGGAAUGGUUUAACAUUUAACUUUGAAACCAUACUGCAAGCGCAUGAUACCUCUGUACGUACCAUGGUAUGGUCGCACAAUGAUAGCUGGAUGGUUACAGGCGAUCACGGUGGCUACGUUAAAUAUUGGCAAUCGAAUAUGAACAAUGUGAAAAUGUUUCAAGCCCACAAGGAAGCGAUUAGGGGAAUAAGUUUUAGUCCAACGGAUAAUAAAUUUGUUAGCUGCAGCGAUGAUGGCACCUUGCGCAUAUUCGAUUUUCUUCGUUGUCAAGAGGAGAAAAUUCUGAGGGGCCAUGGGGCGGAUGUUAAAUGUGUUCACUGGCACCCACAAAAAGGUUUAAUCGUAUCCGGCAGCAAAGAUAAUCAACAGCCCAUUAAACUGUGGGAUCCAAAAAGUGGAGGAGCCUUGGCGACUUUACACGCUCACAAAUCGACGGUAAUGGACUUAAAAUGGAAUGAUAACGGUAACUGGCUGGUCACGGCUUCCCGCGACCAUUUACUCAAGCUUUUCGAUUUGCGUAAUUUGAAAGAAGAGACUCAGGUGUUUCGCGGGCAUAAGAAAGAAGCUAGCUCAGUAUCUUGGCAUCCAAUACAUGAAGGUCUGUUCUGUUCGGGUGGUUCAGAUGGUGCCAUACUCUUUUGGAAUGUGGGAACGGACAAAGAAAUUGGCGGCGUUGAGACUGCUCAUGAUAGUAUCGUGUGGACUUUGGCUUGGCAUCCUUUGGGUCAUAUAUUAUGUUCAGGCAGCAAUGAUCAUACUAUUAAAUUUUGGACCCGUAACCGUCCUGGUGAUAUGAUGAGAGAUAAAUACAAUUUGAAUACCUUGCCAGCCAGUUUGGCCGCCUUAGAUGAUUGUGAAUAUGAUGAUGCUAUCAUACCCGGUAUGGGACCCGAAGAUAAAGUGGAAUUUACUGAAAGCUUAACGGCAGACAAAGGCUUUAUACCCGGGCUGGAUUUGGAUCCUUCUAAGAUGUCUUCUAAGGAAAGCGAGAAGAAAGUACCGUAUAGUAAGCCCAUACCGCGUAAUUUUCAGGCACAGUGGGCAGGCAGCAGACGGCCUGAUGAUAAUUACGAAGAUGUAAUGUAUGCACCGCGUGGUGAAGUACGUCAUGAUAGCAGCGGUUUGAAUCCUCAGCAAAUUAGUGAAAACACAAUAGAAGGAAUGUUGGCUAGUGGUGUUUUAACUACGAUGGACCCUCAAGCUAUAGUAGGCAUUUUGGUUUAUGGUCGUUUCAUACGUGUCCACCCAGAUUCGCGAUUGAUGUUGGCCGUCCGUCAGGGGCGAGAUUAUCUUAAUAAGUAUAUCGAUGCAGGCAAGUUAGAAGAACUGAGAGAUGUAGUACCAGCGCCAGAAAGGUCGCGUUCCAUCUCACCAACCCUAGAGAUACGCGAAAGCUCACCGCCUUCGAAAAAGUCACGAUUUGAGCCACGCCAACACAAUCCGCAAGCGGUGUUUGUUAAGGAAUUGUUGAGUUUGAAAAAACCAUUUUUGCCGGCUUUGCUCAAUUUGAAAACACAAUUAAACCAACAGCAGCAGCAAUCACUUCAAAGCACAGAAGAAAUGAAAAAUCCAACUCAAAUGAUUUUUCAAAAUCAAGUGGCAAUGCCGGGUUUUCAGAAUCCUUGGGUGAAUAAUGCCAAUAAUGUGAGCAUCGGAAAUGGGGGAGGGCCAUGGAAUGGACCUAAUAAUGGUACAAACCAGGCAAUCAACCAGAACGGCUUAGUGAAUCAAAAUGGUUUUAAUGACAAUUCCAACAACAACGGAGGUUUUAACAAUUUAGAAGGGUCAGAUUUCAAUAAUGACAACUGUAAUAGUAACAAUAACAACAAUAAUUCCAGUUAUUCCUCAAAUGAACGUAAUCAUAACAAUAAUCACAACAAUCGACGCAAUCGUCGUAGCGGGCCACGCAACGACCGUAAUCGCGGCCGUAACAAUCGACGUUUUUAGAAAAUUUUGUUGCUUUAGCUUAAGAUUUUUUGCCUCGUUUGUUUCUUUUUACGGUUAAACUGAGAAGUUUAAAACUUUGUAUUUAAUGUGUAAAAAAUCAUGAAUUUAUAUUUCAUCCUUCAAACAUACACAAUCAUUAUUUUUCACGGUUAGUU